AUGGCAUCGAGGCCCCGAAUCCGCAUCGUCCUCGACUGGGACGGCACCCUCACCAUACGCGACACCCUCCACGUCGUCGCGGCCAUCGGCUACAAAACUAACAAGCACCGGGUGCCGCCGCCCCCGUCAUGGGACCAGAUCGUCCAGGCCUACAUGGCGGACUACACGCGCCAUCAGGACGCGUAUCGACCCCCCAGGCAGGACCGGCACACGAUACCCCUCGAGAGUGCCUGGCUGGCUAGUCUGAGGGGCGUCGAGGUGCGGAGUGUCCAGAGGGUGGUGGACGCGGGGAUCUUUGCCAAUGUCACGGAAGGGGAUGUUUGGAGGGAGGCGGAGGCGGCGGCUCGGAAUGGCGAGGUACGGCUAAGGGAGGGGUGGUGGGACGUUCUUACUGCUGCAAGUCUAGGUGCAAGGCCAGGUGCAGGUGCAUGUCAUAAUCACGAUGGGCGUGAUGAGGGUGUGCCUGUGCCGGCGGUGGCGAGUUCUCCAUCCAUCGCCAUCAUCAGCGUCAAUUGGAGCGCCGCGUUUAUAAGAGCAUGUCUAUCAGCGGCAACCACCACAGCAAUUACAGAGACAGGAGACCUACAGAACGACAACUCCCCGGAGAUCCAAACCCAAACCCAAAUCCAAACCACGGUAGUAAACUCGCUCCCCAUCCUCGCCAACAACCUCCUCCCCCGCUCACCUUACGACGGGCACUAUUCAACGACAGCCGCACCUGCUGGUGGUGCCGGAAUCCACACCAGCGCCGACAAACGCGCCGCACUACAACGUCUCCAACGCCUACACUGGACCGAAGACCAAGGUCAAAGUGGACGGGACACAGUCGUCUACGUCGGCGACUCGCCCACCGACUUGGAUUGCCUCGUCUCUGCCGACGUGGGCGUCUGUGUCCGCGACGAGCCCUUGGGUAGUGGCCAGCGCGAACUGCAAGAGACGCUGGAGAGAGUUGGCGUCGAGGUGCGGAGGCUCGAUUUAGGCGAGUGGAGCAAGAUUCGUCGUCGCAGUGAGUCGGGCCGACAAGAAGGAGGAGGAGGAGGCGGCGGCGGCGAGGCAUGUCUAGGAGGAGACAAUAAGAGAGUGGUCGUUUGGUGGGUGGCGGAUUUGAAGGAGGUGGCUCGCUUUGUGGACAUGUUUUGUUACCAGGGUUUGACUUAG